AUGCACAGUCGAGGCUGGAGAAACCACAGGUCUGUAACUGAGUUCAUCCUCUUGGGCUUCUCUAGAAAUCCCAGGACCAAUUGGAUCCUUUUCUUCCUCUUCCUCUACUUAUUUACAGUCCUGGGUAAUGGGCUUAUUGUUACCCUGAUUAGAGUAGAUGCACGUCUCCACACACCCAUGUACUUCUUCCUCAGCAUCCUCUCUCUGCUGGACCUCAGCUAUGCUACCACAAUGGUGCCCCAGAUGUUGAUUCAUCUAGUAAGCAAGAAGAGGACUAUCUCUUACGUUGGGUGUUUGGUCCAGAUGUACAUUUUCCUGACAGUAGGCAUCACUGAGACCUGGAUUUUUGCAGCUAUGGCCUAUGACAGGUAUGUUGCCAUAUGCUACCCACUCCACUAUGGAGUCCAGAUGAGCCAAACUCUGUGCAUAACCCUGGUGGUCAGCUCUACCCUUUGUGGUCUCAUCUGUGCCCUUGUCUACACAGUCUUUGCAAUGAAUCUGCCCUGCUGUGGCCCCAAUGAGAUCAACCACUUCUUUUGUAAAAUUCUUGCUGUCUUGAAGUUGGCCUGUGCAGACACAUUCCUCAGUGACCAAGUGGACUUUAUCCUGGGUUUCAUCUUGCUUCUGAUCCCAUUAUCCCUCAUCCUGGCCUCAUAUAUUCAUAUCUUUAUGUCUAUUCUAAGGAUUCAUUCUACCCAGGGAUGGAUGAAGGCCUUCUCCACCUGUGCCUCAAACAUCACUGUGGUUACCAUGUUCUGUAUUCCAUGCAUGGUCAUGUACAUGAGGCCUGGCUCUGAGUCCUCCCCAGAAGAUGACAAGAAGGUAGCUUUGUUCUACAAUGUCAUCUCUGCCUUUCUUAACCCCAUUAUUUAUAGCUUCCAGAACAAGGACGUGAAGAAGGCUUUCCUCAAGUUGAUUGGAAUGAUUGAGGACACUCACUAG